AUGUCUGGAGUGCUGUUGACGCGUGUGUUGUCCUUCAACGUGGACCAGAAGAACGGUCUGUCAUUCACCGGUCCACUGGAGGACAUGUUCGGCUACACUGUCCAGCAGUUUGAGAACAGCGAGGGAAAAUGGGUUCUGAUUGGAUCCCCGCUGUCGGGCCAGCCAGCAAAACGAACAGGAGACGUCUACAAAUGUCCUGUGGGGAAGGGGGACAACACGUGUGUCAAACUGGAUCUUCCGAAAAACACAACAGUUCCCAACUUGCUUGAAGUCAAGGAGAACAUGACCAUGGGAACCACACUGGUGACCAAUCCCAACGGAGGAUUUCUGGCGUGUGGUCCUCAGUAUGGCUACAUGUGCGGGCAGCAGCAGUACAUCUCGGGAGUUUGUGCGAAUGUCAGCUCUUCCUUCCAGAUCCUCAACUCUGUGGCACCGACUGUGCAAGAAUGUGGGAAGGAGCUGGACAUUGUGUUGGUUCUGGACGGAUCUAACAGCAUCUACCCCUGGACCGGCAUCAUCGAUUUCCUGCAACGCUUCAUCGAAAAUAUUGAGAUUGGACCUAAACUCUCACAGGUGGGAAUAGUGUCUUACGGGGAGACUGUGACUCACCGUGUCAACCUGAGCCAGUUUGAAAACACUGCUGAUCUGCUGGAAUUCGUCAAGGAACUCCCUCAGCAGACCGGCUUCAAGACCAUGACCUUCCUCGGCAUCGAUAAGGCCAGGAAAGAGGCCUUCAUGCCAGAGCGCGGAGCAAGACCUGGCGUGAAGAAAGUCAUGGUGAUCGUCACUGACGGGGAAUCACAUGACUCCUUUAAUCUAGACAAGGUCAUGGGAGAAUGUGAGGAUGACGACAUCGAGAGGUUUGGCAUUGCUGUGUUGGGAGACUACAAUCGUCAGAACAAAAGUGCAGAAGAAGUGCAGAAGUUCAUCAAGGAGAUCGAGUCCAUCUCCAGUCAGCCGUCACGAGACCACUUCUUCAACGUGUCUGAUGAGGUGGCGCUGUUGACCAUCGUGGACGCCCUGGGAAACAAGAUCUUUGCCUUGGAAGCCACCACCAGCAAUUUCACCUCCUCCUUUGAGAUGGAGAUGUCCCAGACUGGAUUUAGUGCACAUACUUCUAAAGAAGGUGUGUUACUGGGAGCAGUGGGAGCGUACGACUGGAACGGGACGGUGGUGAUGCACACUGCCGGAGAAACUAUCAUUCCAGGGAACACACAGUUUUACGACCCAAAGACAGAGGCCGGAUAUGAAGGCCUGGCUGGGUACCUCGGCUAUGAUGUUCAGUCUGCAUCCACCCCUGACGGAGAGCUGUACAUCGCGGGUGCACCGCGGUACAACCACACAGGCCGGGUGGUUAUCUAUCGUCUCAAUGAGAAGAAACAGAUCGUCAUCACGCAGAUAAUAAAGGGAGAACAGAUUGGUUCCUACUUCGGCAGCGUCCUGCAGACUUUGGAUGUGGAUGGGGACUCGUACACAGAUCUCCUCUUGAUCGGAGCACCGAUGUUCAUGGGUUCAGAAAGAGACGAGCAGGGUCAAGUCUACGUUUACAAAGCCAGCGAGGGCGGCCAGUUUGAGCACGAGUUCACUUUAAAGCCUGUCAAUCAGUCCUGUUGCACCGCCCACACCGCCAGCUGCCCCAAUAAGAACGAACCCUGCGGCGCCCGCUUUGGCACAGCCAUCGCCGCCGUGUCCGAUCUCAACCUGGACGGAUUUAACGACGUGGCGAUCGGUGCACCUUUUGAGAACGACCACAGAGGAGCCGUCUACAUCUAUCACGGAGAUAAGAAGUCACUGAAGGAGAAGUUUGUGCAGCGGAUCGCUGCAGGUGGGGACGGCGUAAAGGUGAAAUUCUUCGGUCAGUCCAUACAUGGAGUCAUGGAUCUAAAUGGAGAUGGGAUCACUGAUGUCACCAUAGGAGGUCUGGGAGGGGCUUCGCUGUUUUGGUCCAGAGAUGUUGCCGAACUCCGCGCCAACAUGUUGUUUGAUCCCGCCAAAAUAAACCUGCAGCAGUCUCAGUGUGAGGUCGGCGGACGCAAAACUGUGUGCGUCUCGACUGAGGUGUGCUUCGUCUACAGUGUCAAAUCCGACAAGGAGGUCUUGGACCCAGUCACUGGUGCAGUGAUCGUCUACAAUCUGACUCUGGAUGCUCUGCGUGCCAAAGCCAGGGCGUUGUUUAUUAUCCCGCAGGAUAAAAACGAUCGUAAGAUCUCCAGGAACUUCACCAUCAAAGACAGAGAGAGAAAGUGCGUCCAGGAGACCUUCAUGAUGUUGGCCCGGCUGGAUUUCCGCGACCCGCUCAUGGUGUCUUUGCAGUUUGGACUCGCUGAUGAAGACAACGGCCCCGUCCUGGAUGAGAGCCUGCCCAGAUCCGUCAAUAAGACAAUUCCUUUAGUCGACUGUGGGAGCAAUAUGAGGUGCAUUGCUGAUCUCUCUCUCCAAGCAGAGCCUAGUGUACAAAGGAUGGUGAUCAGAUCAAGGACGGACAAGUUUGAAGUGAACAUCAAAAUCAGAAACAGUAAAGACAACGCGUACAACACCAAAGUCACCCUCAGCUUCACGCCCAACAUCAACUAUAUGAAAGUGGAGCCGGAGAAGGUAUGCAAUCUGAACCAUACGAAAGUGGAGUGCGCUGUUGGAUACCCGUUCCUGGGGGGCAACGUGGAGGAACAUUUCAAAGUGAAAUUUGAGGCGAAUCCCGAACAUAUUCAGGAUGUGAUUCAGAUCAACGUGACAGCAACGAGUGACAGUGAAGAGCUGGCCUCUUCCCUGAGUGACAACAUGGUGCUGAUCACCAUCCCUGUGAAGUAUGAAGUUGGACUCAUAUUCGCAGUGCGAUCUGUGGAUAAACACAUCGUGGUCAAAGAGGGUGAAAAGUUUGCCGCUGUGUUCGACGACACCAGGAUGAUUGGAGAGGAGGUCAACAUAAGCUACACGGUGGAGAAGGAAGGUGAUGUGGAGACUCCGCCCCUCGACCUGACAGUGACGUACCCUCAUCUGUCUCCUCGGCAGAACCACUUACUGUACCUCACAAAUGUCACCACCAGCCUCGGGGUGAAUUGUGAUGCAGAUCGUUGGAUUAACCCUGACAAAAUUAACCCCGACAUUAUAAAGCCCAAUCCAAACAAAGAAACGCUCAGCGUCUUCCUGCUGUCCUGCUCCGCUGAGCUGCAAUGUGCAUCCUUCACCUGCGCCCUCCCCAAGGCAAAGAACAGUCAGGUCAACGUUACAUUCAGGGUGUGGAAGCCUACGUUCAUCAGGGGGGAGUUUUCCCUUCUGCACAUGUCGGUGAAUGGGACUCUGGGGGUCAAAAACCCAAACCUGUUUGAGUUGAAGAGCGGGGACCGGAGCCGGACCGUGAAGAUCCAUGUCUCCAAGGAGGCCUCAGGAGGAAUCCCCAUAUGGGUCAUCAUAAUCAGCAUUCUGAUAGGACUGCUGAUCCUAGCACUGGUCAUCUUCGCUCUUUGGAAGAUGGGCUUCUUCAAGAGAAAAUCCAGGGACUACACAAAGGAAGAAAUCAUGGACUGAAGGGUUCGGACAGCGAGCAGCUCUGUGAGCGAAUGCUCGCAGAACCGUCAGGUUGCACAAAGUGACAGACAGACGGACAGACAGAGGAAGUGCAGGGACACACAAACACCUCAGUGCUGCGACACAGUAACAAUCUGGGGGAAAAAACGAAGCACUGCUCUCUGUUUUCUACGCAGGGUUUAAUAAUGUUUGCAAAUACUUCCAAUCACUUCUUCUUCAAUGCUUUAAACACGCCGUUACAAAAUGGGGGCUGCACACAUAGCCAAAUAAGGUGCAGAGACAGAAACACUUUGGCAGUAUGAAUUGUGUAUAUGAAAAACUCCACUUAUCUGAGUCUCCAUCUAAAACGAUUGCUCAGAGGAGUAUUUGCAAACAUUAUUUGUUCUUGGUCAGAUUCUUUCUUGCAGAUAUCAACGUAAAUUCAGGUCAAUGCUGUUGAAGAAGAGGAACCAGGAAGGAGGAGGAGGAGGAGGACCUCACUUUCCAGGCACCUUUUGGAAAACUACCAAGUAUCUGUGUUUUACAAAAACCUUCAGAGCUACAACAGCUGCGCUACAGCUUCAGAGGGGGGGGGCACUCAGGUUUUUCAGUGUGAAGAUCCAAAGUCACCUCACUCACUUUCUGCAUCAUUACAGCAACAACGUCUGGCCGUCUGUUCGCUUCAGAGACUUUAUGUGAACUUUUCCUGUGUCGGAGCGGCCGUCUGAUAGCUUAGACUCCUGUGUUAAAGUGUCCUUGGUUUGUUGUUAAAAAACACUGUACGCUUUUAGUGUUUUAUCGCGUUUGUUUGACAUGUAUGUUGAGUUUUUCGCAAUGUAACUUGGCACAUUCUUGAUCCUUAAAUUCAAAUGUUGGAUAAAGACACUGACCUGAACACAAGACUUUUACUAAGCUGAGCUGAAGCCUGUAUACUUUCUUCUUUUUUUUCCCUUUUGAUUUAGUUAACAAUUUUAAAAACAAACAAUUUCUGAUGUCCAUGUAUGUAAUUAGUUUGAUCACCCUUCAAAAUCCAAAGCUUAGAUUUUUACUGUAAAUAUAGCACAGUGCUCAAGAAUGUAAAGCUUCAAAUGUACAGAACUGUGUUCGCUUUAAUUCUUGUAAUUUAAGAGAUGUUACCCACAAGCCUUUCUUUGUUUUCAUGUGUGUGUGAUCGGUGGUCAGAGAACAUGAACCUGCUCAGGUGCUACAAUAUCAUGAAUGAAUGAGUGACAUGAGCAUUUGACUCAAAGGAAAACCAUCUGGCCUGUAGCUCACAAUUCCAAAGUUGAUGCAAAUAUGUAAAUAUUGUUCUAUUUUGAUGAGAAAAUGAAAGUUAUAAAUAUUCUGUACUGAAAAUAUACAUGAAGAUGAGGGUUCGUAUCCACUACUUUAGCUUUAAGUCUGUUGAAUGACUGUGUUCUGAAUGCAGAGGCUUUAACUUUUACCAAGAGGAGAUUAUUUUGAUUUCUAUUGCAAAAUAGAAGGUAGUAUUCAUCCAAGAUAGAAAAAUCGGGUUACUACUCACCAGCAGCUUUCUAUACAGUAAAUAGGAUUCGAUAGUAAAUGUAUUUUGAGCAGCAACAUGCACACAAAGCAUUAGCAUAUAUAGGCUCAUUUCAUCCCAUAUGUGGUACUCAGUACCUUACAAAGUUACUUAUUCAGGUUUCCUGUAUUGCUUUUCUUGUUUUUGAUCCAGAAGUUGCACAUACGUUCAUGUUGUAUGUCAAGGAGACAGAGAAACGCCCUCUUUCCUCGCUGUCGUACAAUACACAAUACGUCUGAGGCAAGACAACAGGAAACAGAGCAUUUGAAUAUUGAAAUGCCCCUCGGCUCUCCACUGUUGACAUGAAGCACAUGUAAUGAAUCGUAUGUACAGAGUGUGUCACUGUUCGUCAUUUUAAGAUUGCGUGGCUACGUCAGGCUUAUACACGAGGGUGGAGUCAUGAAUCUCUCUUUGUCCACUUGCGUAGAAAGAAGUCGUCGGGGGUUUAUUUUUGUAAGAUCUUAUAUCCUCUGUUCAAAUUCUGAGUGGGAUUCAAAAUGAGAGAAAGGCACAAAGUGAGAUUUGUGUGCAACGUCCCAGCCUUCUACACUGCUGUGAAGUCUUCAUUGUAAUGCACUGGUUUGUCCGACUGUAUACGUCCUCAUCAGCACACAAAUGAAAUGAAUCUUAUGUAGAAAAAUAAAGACUUUUUACGACAAA